CAGUACCACCACGGCGGCCUCUAUGCUGACGCCAGACGGCGGCCAACCAUCGGUAGGGCAGGCCCGGCAUGGGUCCGGGAGCAUUGGCCACCGCCCGGCGCCCCGGCGUGGGAUCGGGCCAACUCAACGGGCCAUCUCAACCGCAUCAUUGGGUACGAUCACCGCGAAAUAGCGUUCACCCACACUUCCUCCAGGAUCCUGAAUUACACCCAUGAACCUAAG